GCAACGCCCGCAUAGUAUAUUGUUCUGUCCGCACGUGGACCCCUGACCCAAAACACGCUGCCCGCCAAUCUGAGUCCCCAAACAGCUCCGUAUCUCUUGUCGGUCUGAACGACCUCACAGACUCACUCCCCUCGCAUCGGGGCCUCGCGUGUCCCUACCUCCCUUCCGAUACCCGUCCAGUCCUGGGACAGUGCGAAACAUGGCGUCCUCUACCUCUAACCCCUCCAACACCAUCAAGGUGGUUGCGAGGUUCCGACCUCAAAACAAGGUCGAGCUUGCGUCCGGGGGCCAGCCCAUCGUCGAAUUUGAGAAUGACGAGACAUGUUCUAUAAACUCAAAAGAGGCCUCCGGGUCUUUCACCUUCGAUCGUGUGUUUCCGAUGGACUCAAAACAAACGGAUGUAUUCAACUACUCGAUUGCGCCAACUGUGGAUGAUAUUUUGAAUGGCUACAACGGAACCGUUUUUGCUUACGGUCAAACCGGUGCAGGAAAGUCGUAUACUAUGAUGGGUUCCGACAUUGACGACGAAGUGGGCAAAGGUAUCAUUCCGCGUAUCGUCGAGCAGAUCUUCGCCAGCAUCCUUACGAGUCCGAGCAAUAUUGAGUACACCGUCCGUGUUAGCUACAUGGAAAUAUAUAUGGAACGUAUUCGUGAUUUAUUGGUGCCGCAGAACGACAACCUACCCGUGCAUGAAGAGAAGUCAAGAGGUGUUUAUGUCAAAGGUCUGCUUGAGGUUUACGUCUCUAGCGUACAAGAGGUUUACGAAGUCAUGCGACGUGGCGGAAAUGCGAGAGCGGUUGCUGCAACCAACAUGAACCAGGAAUCAUCCAGAUCGCAUUCCAUAUUUGUCAUCACGGUGACUCAAAAGAACCUGGAAACUGGCUCUGCAAAGAGUGGUCAGCUGUUUUUGGUUGAUUUGGCAGGUAGUGAGAAGGUCGGCAAAACUGGUGCUAGCGGUCAGACUCUCGAGGAAGCGAAGAAGAUCAACAAGAGUCUGAGCGCUCUCGGAAUGGUUAUUAACGCACUUACCGACGGAAAGUCAACCCAUAUACCUUACCGUGACUCAAAACUCACACGGAUUCUGCAAGAAAGUUUGGGAGGUAACUCGAGGACCACCCUGAUUAUCAACUGUUCUCCCAGCAGCUACAAUGACGCCGAAACUGUCUCAACCCUGCGGUUUGGUGUACGAGCUAAGGCCAUUAAGAACAAGGCGAAGGUCAAUGCUGAAUUGAGUCCUGCUGAGCUCAAACAGUUACUUCGCCGAGCGCAGAGCCAAGUGACAAGUUUUGAAAACUACAUUUCCGCACUGGAAUCCGAAGUCUCUAGUUGGCGCAGUGGUGAAACCGUGCCCAGGGAAAAAUGGACUCCAGCCAGAAACGCUGAAGCCGUAGGCGCCGCAAAGGCUGAAGCGCGCGGCCCUCGGCCCAGUACUCCAUCUCGUCUCCAUGAUGUAUCCCGGUCCGAAACUCCACGACCAGAUUCACGCAUCGGCGAUCGCUCUAGCACACCCAGCAUCGUUCUUGAGAAAGAUGAGAGGGAGGAGUUUCUCCGACGCGAGAACGAACUUCAAGACCAGAUAGCAGAAAAGGAAUCCCAUAUCGCAACCAUUGAAAGGGGCCUGCGUGAGGCAAGGGACGAGCUGCGGACGCUCAAGGAGAAUUCAGCACGAUCGGGCAAGGACAACGAGAAGCUCAAUGCCGAAGUCAAUGAGUUAAGGAUGCAUCUCGAGAAAGUAUCCUACGAAAGCAAGGAAGCUGCUAUAACCAUGGACAGUCUCCGGGAAGCCAACUCAGAGUUGACAGCAGAGUUAGACGAGGUGAAACAACAACUCCUCGAUGUACGUAUGAAGGCAAAGGAGACCACAGCAGCGCUUGACGAGAAGGAGAAGAAAAAGGCUGAGAAGAUGGCUAAAAUGAUGGCUGGCUUCGAUCUUGGCGGAGAAGUGUUUUCUGACAACGAGCGGAAGCUUCAGAAUCUUAUCCAACGCGUUGAUUCCUUGCACCAGAUUGCCGAGGCAGGAGAGGUGAUCGCACCAGACGAUCUUCUGGAACUCCGAGCCAGUCUUUCAGAGACGCAGGGCUUCAUCCGACAGGCGGAACUCACCGUGAAUGAUCGGAGCGAACUGAACGUGCUGCAGGACAGCCGCAGAAUGGAACUGGAGCAGAAGCUGGCUAAUCUCGAGCAGGACUAUGAGAGUCUUCUGGCCCGCAAUCUGGGAGAGGAAGAUUUGGCAGAGAUCAAGGAACGACUGGAGAAGGUGUAUAUAGCUAAAAAGGAUGUCGAGCUAGCGGCCGCUUCCGAACUGCAGCAGCAACUGGCGCGUAAGGAUGAGGAACUUACCAAACUGCAGCAAUCCCUUGCUGAUUCGCAAUCACGAGGGUCCACCAAUGGCGCUGCCAGCAAGAGCCUACAACAGCAGAUUGCCGAGUUCGAUGCGAUGAAAAAGUCCUUAAUGCGUGACUUGCAAAACCGCUGCGAGCGAGUGGUUGAGCUAGAGAUCUCGCUCGACGACGCCCGAGAGCAGUACAAUAACGUGCUCCGCUCAUCGAACAACCGGGCCCAACAGAAGAAGAUGGCGUUCUUGGAACGCAACCUUGAACAACUCACCCACGUCCAGCGACAGCUCGUGGAGCAGAAUAGCAGCCUAAAGAAAGAGGUCGCCAUCGCAGAGCGCAAGCUCAUCGCCCGGAACGAGCGGAUAUCAAGCUUGGAAGCCCUCCUCCAGGAGAGCCAAGAGAAACUCACCCAAGCCAACCAUCGGUACGCCUGCACCUUUUACUCUCAGGAGAUUCCUUCUUUGGAAAUCCAAGAGCAGUCCCUCUUUUAUAAGGUCCCUUCUCAGAAGAAACAUAUACUGACGUCCACUCCCAACAACAGUUUUGAAGCCCAACUCACAGCAGUCAAAGAGCGCCUUGAGGCCGCCAAACAGGGCUCAACGAAAGGUCUUCCCGGCAUGGACAGCAACGGCGGCUUCAGCUUCGCUGGCUCCCGAAUCGCUAAGCCUCUCCGUGGCGGCGGCGGAGGCAACGAACCUGUCGCGGCCGUCCAGUCCCAGGAUACAGGCACCAAGCGCACAAGUUGGUUUUUUGAUAGACGAUGA